AUGGCCGCUCCAGCCGUCGGUGUCUUGCCCGUAGCUUCCAUCAAUAUCAACUACGAGGAAGAGACAGAACGUAUUCGAGAAUUCUUGACUACUUAUGUCGCGCCACCUCGAUCUCGACAUGCAAUUCCAUCAAACGACGACGAGCUUGCUGAAGAUGACGAGGACGACCAAGAGGACGAAGAUGAUCUGGCGGAUGAUAUGUCCGAUUUGAACGUCAGGGAAAAUAGGUCAAAGGCGAAAUAUGUCAAGGUGUUAAGGAAAGUUGCGAAUAGGCAGAAAGAGGAGGUGGUCAUUGAUUUGCAGGAUCUGAGGAAUUUCAGCAACGACCGUACACUCCUCCAUAAUAUCACUCGAAACACCAGAAGAUACAUCCAGCUUUUCUGCGAUGUGAUUGAUAAGAUCAUGCCUGAACCAGAUCACGAACUUGACUUCACCGCGGAUGUGCUCGAUUUGAUUAUGCAACAGAGAAGAGAGAUGAACGAACAGGUGCAGAAUGGGGAAAGGAACGAGGAAGGUGGCAUGUUCCCUCCUGAGUUGAUGAGAAGAUACAACCUCUAUUUCAAGCCUCUUCGAAACAACGAUGUCCUUGCCGUUCGAGCCGUUCGAGGAGCUCACCUCGGUCAUCUCAUCACUGUCCGAGGUAUCGUCACUCGAGUGUCUGAGGUCAAACCUCUCCUCCUGGUCAACGCCUACACCUGUGAUUCAUGCGGUAACGAGAUCUUCCAAGAAGUCGCUCAGAAAGCUUUCACCCCCUUGACCGUCUGUCCUUCAGCCGAAUGUACACAAAAUCAAACCAAGGGUCAACUUCACAUGCAAACUCGAGCGAGUCGAUUCCGACCAUUCCAAGAGGUGAAGAUCCAAGAGAUGGCCGAUCAAGUACCUGUUGGACAUAUCCCUCGAUCAAUGACUAUCCACCUGUACGGAUCGCUAACUCGAUCAGUCAACCCUGGUGAUGUUGUUCACAUUGGAGGAAUAUUCUUGCCUACUCCUUAUACUGGUUUCAGAGCGAUUAGAGCGGGGUUGCUUCAAGAUACAUUUUUAGAAGCUAUGAACGUUCACCAGUUGAAGAAACAAUACCACGCUAUGGAGCUCACACCUGAAUUGCAAGUCCAAAUCGAAGAGAUGAAAGAAGAUCCAAACUUGUAUUCAAGAUUGGCCAAUUCGAUCGCACCUGAAAUCUACGGUCACGAAGAUGUUAAGAAGGCCCUGUUACUAUUAUUGGUCGGUGGUGUGACAAAGACUGUAGGAGACGGUAUGAAGAUUAGAGGUGAUAUCAACGUGUGUCUUAUGGGUGAUCCCGGUGUAGCCAAAUCCCAAUUACUCAAAUAUAUAACGAAGGUCGCACCUCGAGGUGUAUACACUACUGGUAGAGGUUCUUCUGGUGUAGGUUUGACUGCCGCGGUCAUGAGGGAUCCAGUGACCGAUGAGAUGGUGUUAGAGGGAGGUGCUUUGGUUCUCGCCGAUAAUGGUAUCUGCUGUAUCGAUGAAUUCGAUAAGAUGGACGAGUCUGAUCGAACUGCCAUCCACGAAGUAAUGGAACAACAAACCAUCUCAAUCUCCAAAGCUGGUAUCACCACUACCCUCAAUGCUCGAACUUCCAUCUUGGCAGCUGCGAACCCCUUAUAUGGACGAUACAACCCUAAGAUCUCACCUGUCGAAAACAUCAACCUACCCGCAGCUUUACUAUCUCGAUUUGACGUAUUGUUCCUAAUCCUCGAUACUCCCACUCGAGAAGAUGACGAGAGAUUGGCUCAGCAUGUCACCUUUGUGCAUAUGCACAAUACCCAUCCUGAAUUAGAUUUCGAACCUGUCGAACCUACUCUGAUGAGACAUUACAUCGCGGCAUGCAGGAGGAUCCGACCGAUCGUCCCUCCUCAGAUGUCCGAAUACAUCGUAUCGAGUUAUGUUCAAAUGCGAAAACAACAGAAGGAAGAUGAAUUAGAAGAAAAAUCAUACUCUUACGUAUCUGCUCGUACACUCUUAGCUGUACUUCGUCUAUCUCAAGCUUUAGCCAGAUUAAGACAAGAUAAUGUCGUUGGACAGGGUGAUGUCGAUGAGGCAUUGAGAUUGAUGGAUGUAUCCAAAGCCUCUCUUUAUGAGCAUCAGGCGUCAGCCAGAAUGGGUGAAGACCAGACGGAUACUUCCAAGAUAUUCAGAAUUAUCAAAGAUAUGGCGUCUGCCUCUGCUCAGAUGAGAGAUGAGGAUGAUGAAGAUUACGAACAGGAUGAUGAGUUGGAAGAAUUAGGUAUGAACGAAGUUAGGAAUAGAGUGUUGGCGAAAGGUUUCACAGAGACUCAACUUUUGGAUACGGUAUCAGAGUACGAAAAUAUGGGUGUAUUGGUCAGGACUGCGAACAAUACGAGACUGAGGUUCGUUGCUGCUGAUGAGUACUAA